UUCCAACAUCUUGAGCCUCGCUAUGGCUCUUGCAUGUUUGAGAUUUGGUAUAAGACCUGGGAGGUUUCCAUGGUCUUUGUCGUUUGUUCUCAUUCAGAUACUUCUUCUUUACUUGCUUUACUGGUGAUCCUUAAAACCAUUUCGUUUACCUAACUUUCGAAAUCGAGUCUACGAAUCCUUCAUUGCCAUCCUCAAUCUCAUUUAUCUUUUGUUUCUUAAUCCAACUUUUCUCCCUCAAUUUGCUAAAAGAAUCAACAUGCAUCUCACUAAUUUUAUCAACACCUACGUCUUGAUGGUUAUGGGAGCCUUCGCCAUCGCAAUCCCUCAAACAGCCACCACAAGCGAUCCCCAGGCUAUAAUAAGCGAGUGGGAUGACAGUAUCAAGCAAGCUACCAACCUUCUAAACAACCUGAGCCCCAUUCCCCUACCUUCCCCACCGACCUCCAAACCAUUCUUUCAAACGCAAAAGCCCAAGCAGAUACCAACGGUUUCAACGAUCAACUCUUCAUCUCCAUCGCAAGCACCAAACCCGAUGCUCAAGGACACAAUCUCGUCCAAAGCGCAUUUAGCGGGAUCAAUGAGAAGUUGAGGAAUCUCAUCGCGCUCAAUUCACAGAGUUCGACGUUUGAUGGUCAGGCAAAAUAG